UCCUCAGAUUUUCUCCGCGUUGUUAUGUCGUAUGUAUCAACAACGUUUGGCUUUAUUCGAUAAAAUAUUCUCUUCAUCGUUUGCUCGACUAGUCCUAGUGUGGAAGGAAAAUGGAAAUCAGCAGCCAUAGGUAUAAAUAAACACUUCACGACGACCUACCGUUCUUUUUUGUGAAGUCAUUGAAUUUUAUGACCAGUGUUCAUCUAGUGUCUCUUAAUUAAACACGAGCGCUCUAGGACCGGAAAGGUAAACAUUUGAGCCAAGCAUUGUACGGACACUUUCAGUAGGGAUUUCAUUGUGAAAUCGUUGAAUUAUAAAAAUCGUGGAAGCCCACGAACACUCUAGGACAGCCACGGAGAUAAACAAAAACCUGCUACACAACACGUAUGUCAAGCAUCGUACGGACACAGAUGGCAGGCCACCAGACAGCUUUUCAUUCAAAGGAACGUUGUGGGAUACGUGGGUUUGGCGGAGACGCUUAGACCUACCUCAGCCCUUCACUCUCAGAAGAACAUUUGUGUUCAUCAAACAUCGUUCAGAUUACUUCGGUGGAGUUCCCCAACCCGUUAUAUAUCGUCCGAGCUAGUGGUUAUAUCCUAAAACGUUAGAAAAAUACUUUGUUAAACCAACUCCUUUUGAGUCGUUUUUGAACUAUACACUUCCGCCCUGACUACCAAGAGUCUCUGAAGUAUGCACAGUGGCCUAACAUGGUUGUUUCGACAAUGAACAUCAUCUUGUGCAGGAGUUGGUUAUCAGUAUACUUCAUUUCUUUGUUUCUGUUUUAUCCAUCAUAUGUAAAUGGUGAAGAAAGCACUUGCAAACUGCAGUCAACUGGAAACUGUGAUAAUGCCAUAGUAGUGACGAUUGAUGAGAAAUCUGCAAAGGAAAAAAUAUGGUUUAACCUCUACUACUACCCAGUGGGGAAGAAAGAAAUUGUUGCUGUGCUAAACUACGACAAAUCUUACAGUUGUCAUCCAACAAAUGGCUACACGUGCACAAAAACUACCGAUGUCACCUUUAACAUCACCUUAGGAUGUGAAACUCUGCAAAAUGUUACACUUGUAGGUGAUGGACAACAGCCAGUAACGUGUAUACCGAUGGAAAGUUCACCAGUGGAAAGUACAAACAUCAACAAUCAUAACUGCUCUGCUUGUGCAAAUGACACAGCACCGGGAAACUCAGUUUCUCACAGUAGACGAAAACGAUGCGCAUGUCCGAAUGGAUUACCUGGACCGAGUGCAGAUACCGGGAAACCAGGCAACACCGGCGGAGAAGGGGGUAUUUCUAACGGACACGAGCAAAAUGAGAGCAGGUUUCCAAUCGGCCACAGUAUUAUUAUUCUCAUACUCAUCAUGAACGCUGUCACUGGUGUUGUAUUUCUGUCGCUAAAACAGACGAAACUUUGUAAGAGUUGGAAGCAAAACCGAAAACGUCGCGCUAAAGAGAGAACCCGCUUGAGUAAACUUGAAGAUACCGAACAGGAAGGGGUACUUUCCAAAGUAUCCAUACAAGUCAAUGAAGACGUUCGAGUAAAGAGAAAUCGCAGUACACAAGUCAACUCGUGUAAAUUAAUUCUUGUCGACUCUACUGCCAGGAUCUGACACAUACACUGUUUGAAAAUGAGACUAAACAUCUGUGGAAGUUUAAAGAUUUUGUGUGCCUGCCUGCCGGACAAACAGACUGCGGCUGUCUUUUGUUGUUUGAGCAGUGCGACUUUUGAAUGGGUUAUGAAUGAGACAUGAAUAGUUUUGUGCAUGCAAUUGUGUAUGAAUUUUUUUUUUUUUUUGACAAAUAGUUUUAUCUUAUCGUCUCUCCCUAGACGUUUGAUUUUGUCUGCUUCACUGCGGAAAAUCUUAGAUCUUGUCCCCACUAUUGUUCAUACAAUAUACUAAUAGCUGUAAAACCACUGUUGAUAGGAGCUUUCUUAUAAAAUUUGCUGAUGACACUGC